UUUAUUCUUAUUGGAACUUAAGUACUGAAAUUUCAUUGUCUUUUAAGCUAAACCCGUUAAGUUUUCAUAAGAAUAUUUUCCAGAUCCCAUAAAACCCAAAAAAUGAAGCACAUAUUGUUAAUUUGUUUGAUGACACUAGGUUUAUUUAUGGUAAACACAUCUGGUGUUCCUGUAAGUAUCUGUGAUAAAUGUAUGGAGCAACAAUCUUUUCCUGGAAAAAUAUUGAACGGAAUAGUUAGGAAUCAUACGGUUCACCACAUGCUAGGCAAAUUAUCACUUAAACUACAAGAAACCAACGAUUCACGAGAAGUACAAAAACCAAAAUGUAUGCCCAUUUCAAGUGAGCCAGUAGCAAAAAAUACCAUAUUUAAUCACCCAGCAAUGAUAAAGAUAAGAAAUGCUCUAAGGGGUUAAUGAUUUAUUUAUUUUUUGUAAUCAUAUUAUAAUGGACGAACCCAAAAGUAAACAGAUAA